AUGGGAAUUAAAAAUUUAUUUAUUUGCUGUACAAAAGACGAAGGUUCGGAUUCCGAGACACCAAAAAAAGAUUCGAGACUCGAAAAACCUUCUCCUUCAAGAGCGCCAGAAAUCGAGCAAGCACCAAAUUCUGAGCAACUUUCUAUCUCGAAUAAAUCAGAUGGUUCCGAGAUAUCUCCUAUAAUAAUUAAAGAAAAUGGUAUCGCGAGAGAUUCGGAAUCAAAAAUAUCCGAUUCGUCCGAUUUAGAUCCCGAUAAAACUCCAGAAAAUGAACCAAAGCCAAAUAUUCUGUUAGAUGAUCCGAUUGUUACCGGUACAAUAGGAACCGUAUGCGACUUUAUAGAACCAUUUGCAGGAUUUUUACCACUUAUAACGGAAGUAACCCUAAUGUUUAAUGAGAUAAUAAAAAUUUAUCAAACAGCUGAACAUAAUAGAAAAAUAUGUGGUAUAUUUCAUGAUAGAGUCCAAAUAGCUGAUACUGCCGUAAGGAAUUUAAAAAAUCGUCGAGAUGAUAAUGUAGACUUUUUUUCAACUAAUAAUCUGAUUCAUUUACAAAAAUUGGUUAACGUUAUCGGUAAAAUUCGUAAAUUGGUUGGAGAAAUUUCUCAAUUGACAGGUUUAUCCAAGUAUAUUCAAGCUAAAAAUAUAGAAAAUGAAGUUAAAGAUUUAAGUAGUGAAUUUGAUUCCACUAUACUAGCAAUACAAUUUUCCCUGACGGUUGAUUUUACUAUCAACGCUGAUAAAGCAGCAGCUAAAGAUAAUGAAAAUAUUAAAUCUGAUAUUAAAGAGUUGGCUCAGUAUCUUACAAACAUCGGCAGUGGUAUUACUGACGAGAAUCAAAACGUUUCGGAAGAAGUCGUAUUAUUGAGCGCACUUAACAAAAAGAUGACGGAAGCUAAAUCAGCAAAUACUGAUAUCUUUAUUAGUGAAUUACUCAGUUAUAAUGAUUUUGAAGAAGAAGAACUUAAAGAUUAUCGAAGUCAGACAAAGGUUAAAAAAUUUAAAAGGAGGAAAGAUGGAUUGAAUGAUUUUGUUGCAUUAAAGUUGGUUGCUGAUAAAGAUAGCAGUAAGGCUGAUAAAGACAACUUUAAAAAACAAGUUACCAUCUUAAAAAAGUUGAAACCCUGUGAUUGUAUUAUUCAAUAUUUUGGUUUAACAGCUUAUGAUGAUAAAUUUUAUUUGGUAACUGGAUGGGCCGAGUAUGGUAAUUUACGUGAAUAUUAUCAAAACUAUAACCUUGAUGUUAAGUUGAAAUUAAGAUUUGCUCUUGACAUUGCCAAAGGAUUAAAUUUCUUGAGCGCUGUUAAGAUAGUUCAUCGUGAUAUCCGAGCUGAGAACAUCCUAAUCACCGAUCGUGAGUCAGCCAGGAUUGCAAAUUUUAAAGAUAGUCGCGCAAUUACUGAUGGUACAAAGAAUCAAGGCGCAACAUUAGAAACCGUACGGUAUUGCUCUCCUGAAAAGUUGGACAAAGGGCCGAAAUAUAAAUAUGAUACCAAAUGUGAAGUUUAUAGUUUUGGCAUAUUGCUUUGGGAAAUAGCCGAAGGUAAAAUUCCUUAUAAGAAAGUUGGUAAUGAUAUAAUUGCAAUUACCGAACUUGUUUGCAUCAAAAAAUAUCGUGAACCAUUUUCUCUCGGUUCUCUUUUACCAAAAGAAUAUCAAGAACUUGCAAAAAAAGCUGUUCAUCCUGACCAUAACUUUAGACCUCAAUUUUCAAAGAUCUUUACUAUAUUACAAGAUCUUCAUCAGAAAGUUGGUAUACAACAUCCAUCACCAAAACUUCUACCAAAAAGUGAGGAAAAUACCCCAAAAACGAUUAUUAAUUUAGCAGAGUUCAAUUAUAUGUCAGUAGAUGAAGCAGUGAAAAAUAAAAGCAAUCGCGAGUUAUCAUAUAAAUGUUUUGAAGCAUAUGCAGAAUUAAACGACAAAAAAGCAAAAUACUAUAAAGCAUAUUACAUUCAACAAAAUUAUGUUAAUCUUGAUAUGAAACAAACAACCAAAGACAAAUUAGUAGCAGAUUUGUAUAGAGAAGCGGCAAAUUUGGGCUACCCCGAAGCUCAAUUACGUUACGGUUUUUGUUUAUAUAAAGGUAUUGGAGUUGAGAAGGAUUUAAAAGAAGCUGCCGAAUAUUUUACUAAAUCCGCUGAAAAUGGCCAAGCUGUCGGUAUGUUUAAUGCUGCUACUUUAUAUCUCUCUGAUGAUGCUGAUAUAAGAGAUGAAGUAUUAGGUAAAAAAUAUAUGAGAUUAGCUGUUUAUGAACAGCAUAAGGAAGCUCUUGAAUAUUGUAAAAUUCAUAAUAUUCCUUUGUAG